AUGAGUUGGUGAGGAAGAUCAACCUAUUGACCUAGACCAAGAUGCUGUGUAGAACCUCCUGAGGUGAGUGGGCCUAUGCGGCCCGAGCAGUUCAGUGAUGAAGAAGUGGAACCACCAAAACCUGAAGAAGGGGAACCAGCAACUCAAAGUCAGAUUCCUGUACCUGCUCAGGAGGGAGAGGAUGAGGGAGCAUCUGCAGGUCAAGGGCCAGAGCCUGAAGCUGAUAGCCAAGAACAGGUUCAUCCAAAGACUGCAUGUGAACAUGGAGAUGAUCCUACGAAUGGGCAACUUCCCGUGGCUCCAAUCACCAGCCAAAAGGGCACCCGGACCAGUGUAUUUUGUACGGAGAACUGCUUCUCCGGGGCGCUGACAAAGCAGCCCAGCGGGGCAAAGCAGCGGUGCCGGCACAGCCGCCCUGGCCGAAACAGCCGCACUGGUGACCUGUGGAGUUCCUCCGCCUGGGAAUUUCCUAGCCUGUGGAGAGCUCACUAUGUUGCCCAGUCUGGGAUUCUCUGGCUCUUCAUGAAUAAUUGGUUUUUAAGUCUUUUCCCAAAAAAACCUUGCAUGACUGAAUUAUCAAAUGGCUUGAGACUGUUUAGUUUCUAUCACGUGUGGCAUGUAGAUCAGUGGUGCUCAGCAUAG